AUGCACCCAUUUUUUAAACCACGAGAAGCAGGAACAUCAUCAAAAGAUGCCAAAACACCGGAAACAUCAGACAAAGUUGGGAAGGGAAAACAGAAGCACAUUCCAUGGGUUGAAAAAUAUCGUCCACGUUCCGUUGAUGACGUAGCUUAUCAGGAUGAGGUCGUAGCUGUCCUUAAAAAAUCUCUAGAAGGAUCAGAUCUUCCGAAUCUGUUGUUCUAUGGACCACCGGGAACUGGUAAAACGUCCACCAUCCUGGCCGCAGCUCGAUCUCUGUUUGGAACAGAGAUGAUGAAGUUACGAGUAUUGGAGCUGAAUGCUUCCGAUGAACGAGGAAUUAAUGUUGUCAGAGAGAAAGUCAAGAAAUUUGCUCAGACUACUGCCAGUGGAACAAAACCAGAUGGGAAGCCUUGCCCUCCAUUUAAAAUUAUUAUCCUGGAUGAGGCAGACUCCAUGACAUCCCCAGCUCAGGCAGCACUGCGAAGAACAAUGGAGAAAGAAAGUAAAUCUACCCGAUUCUGCCUGAUUUGUAAUUAUGUUAGUCGGAUCAUAGAACCAAUAGCCUCCCGCUGUGCCAAGUUCCGGUUUAAACCCCUAGCAGACCAAGUGCUGAGUGAGAGAUUGACAGAGAUUUGUGAUAAAGAAAACAUUGCUUAUGACAAGGAG